AUGAUGUCACGGUUGCUGAAGCGCCAGGAGCGCAUGAUCAAGAACCGCAUGUCCGCCUGCCUGUCGCGCAAGAAGAAAAAGGACCAGUUCUCGGAGAUGGAGAAUCAGCAGCUGCACCGGCGCCUGGCGCAGCUGCAGGUGGAGGUGGAUAUGCUACGUGGCCUGCAGACGCCCGCCUCGCCGCCGCCCUCGCCGCGCCGCCCGCUCCUGCUGCUCUCCGUGCUGCUGAUCGCCUCGCUCAACCUGGCGCCCAUCAGCUCGCUGCUCUCCGGACCGCUGCCGCCUCCGUUUGAUCCAUCGGAGGGGGACCGGACGGCGGAGACGGCGCCCGGCAGGACGCUGCUCUGGGCACCGGCCGACCCGCCAACGGAAGACACCGGCGACGCCACCAACUCGUCUGGAGGUGCCAACUGCAGCCCACACGUCAGCCAGCUGGAGGCCAGGAGGCUGUCCAAGGUGCUGCGGAGCUGGUUCGAGCGGUUCCAUCUGCCUACCGCGCCGGGCCUGGACCCUGUGGCCGACCGGCACGGCUACCCGACCUUCCGCACGGCCGGCAACACCAGCGGCCGACCCAGCCGGCGCGAGAGGUGGCAGCAGGCUGCUCACCCAGCGGGCAGACCCGCGGCCUUCAUGGAGGCGUGGCGGCACGGGCUCCGGAGCGGCACCUGGACAUGA